CGUCUCCGCGGGCGGGGCGGGCGCUGGAGCCGUCCCUGCGCGAGCCCCUCCGCGCACCCUCCACCCCCUCCAAUACUUCGUCCGUCCGCGCCCUUGUCCCUCUCUCCGCGCAUUCUUCUGUCUCUUCGCGGUUCUCUCCGUCCCUUCGCGAGUCCCUCUGUCCCCCCGCGCAUCCCUCCAUCCCUCCGCUCAUCUCUCCACGCAUUCCUCCAUCCCCCCGCUCAUCCUUCCGCGCACUCCUCUAUCCCUUCGCUCAUCAAUCCGUCCCCCCACGCACCCUGUGCCUGCCUCCGCGCUGGCAGGGCUGCUCGUGCGCGGGGAUGGCGGGGCGGCCGCGCUUCCUCUGCGGCGUGGUGGAAGGUUUCUAUGGAAGACCGUGGUCUAUGGAACAGAGGAAACUUCUCUUUCAAUGGCUGAAACACCGGGGGCUGAACUGCUACAUGUACGCGCCCAAGGAUGAGCUGAAGCACCGACUGCUCUGGCGAGAGCCCUACACGGAGCAUGAGGCAGUCUGCAUGCAGUCUCUCAUCGAAGCUGCCCGAAAUCAGGGUGUGGAGUUUGUUUUUGCCAUUUCUGCUGGCCAGGACAUGGUGUUUUCCAGUGCUGGGGAUCGGCUCCUGCUGCAGCAAAAACUCAGGCAGGUGGCUGCCAUGGGAUGCUGCUCCUUCGCGCUGCUCUUUGAUGACAUCGACCCCUGCAUGUGCCAAGCUGACAGAGACGUCUUCCCCUCCCUGGCACAGGCUCAUGCCUCUGUGGCCAACGAGGUGUACCAAGAGCUGGGCCAACCCUCUGUCUUCCUCUUCUGCCCUACAGAAUACUGCAGCUCGCUCUGCUCUCCCAGCCCCAGCCAGUCCUGCUACCUGCAGACCAUUGGCCAGGAGCUGCUCCCUGGAAUCAGUGUCAUCUGGACAGGCCCAAAAGUGGUGUCACAGGAGCUCUCAGCUGCUCUGCUGGAGGAGGUGGAGGGUGUCCUGCGGCGCCGUCCCGUCAUCUGGGACAACCUCUACGCCAAUGACUAUGACUGCAGACGUGUCUUCCUGGGCCCCUACAUGGGACGUGCUCCUGGCCUCAUGCCAAGGCUCCACGGACUGCUUCUCAACCCCAACUGUGAGCUCCAGGCCAGCUUCAUCCCCAUACACACGCUGGGCACCUGGUUUCAGAGUGAGCUGGGGAGUUGUGCCAACCCUGAUCAUACAGGAAUGGAGAUGGUGGCAGCCCUGGGGGACAGCCAAUGCCCAAAGGAGAGGAGCUACAGCCCACAGGAAGCCCUGGAGCUGGCACUGUGUGACUGGGUUGCUGAGAUAAACCAGCAGGCCUUGGAGCCAGGAGGAAGGACGCCAGGACACCCCGGUGUCGGCCUCAAGGGAAGACCAAGGCUGCAGUAUGGCACAGCAGGACAGGAGGUCGUGGCCAACCCCGAGCAGCACGACUCUGUUCCCAGUGGGGCAGACCAGCAUGGCCCCGAGCCCUGUGGUGUGGCACCAGAGGAGGGAUGCAGGAAGGUGACCUCAGAGCCUGAGAAGGGCAGUGGGAGCAGGAUACCCAGUGGCAGUCAGCAGAGCCCCACAGGGGAUGGGGAUCAGCUUGCCACGGGGAGCAGGGAAUGCUGUGAGCACUCCUCUUCUCUGCCUGCUGGGGCUAGGAGUGGCCAGUCUGCAGGAAUCCCAAUGGCUACCAAGACCCUCCUCAGCCCAGGCCACACCAUGAGUUCCAGCAAUGGGGCCAACACUAGUCAGAACCUUCCCUUGCCCACCAGUGAUGAUGCCAUGACAGGGAAUGGCAGCCCCACCCAGUUCCCCAGCAGCACACAGCCUGAAGCCAUCAGGGCUGACAUGCCCCAGACACCCCCAGGGACUGGGGCUGGCACAAGCCCUGGACCCCCAGCCCCGCUGAGUGAAGGGACUGGUGCCAGCCCUGGCCCCCUAGCCCCGCUGACUGAUGACAUCACUGCCAGCUUUGGCCCCUUGGCACCAGUGACCCCAGAGGAGGCUGGAUCCAACCCCACAGCACCAGUAACCCCAGAGGAGACUGGGUCUGCCCCCAUGGUACCACUGAGCCCCAAGGAGGCCAGGACCAGCCCCACAUCACAGAUGACCUCAGAGGAUGCCAGGACCAGCCCCAUGGCACUGGUGACCCCAGAGGAGGCCGGGUCCAGCCCUACGGCACCGCUGACUGUGGAGGAGGUGCGAAUGCUGGUGGAGCUCUUUUACCUGCCCUACCAUCACGGGGCACUGGCGCAGGAGAUCCUGGAGCACUUUCGGUGGCUCCGGGCAAACAGCCUCAGCGUGGGGGUCCCGGCCACGGCGCCUGAUGCCUGCGGGGGCGCGCGAUGGCGGGGCCGAGCCCAGUCCUUCCAGCUGCUCUGCGCACAGACGUGUCGCCUGCACAGCCGCUUCGUCAGCGCCGCCAGCCGGGCACUGCUCUACGACCUCCACCCCUACCUCUGGGACAUCCGCAACAUGCUGCUAGCCGCCAGUGCCUUCGUCCUCUGGCUGGACGGUCACCUCCUCUGCGACCCUGGCCCCAAGGGCACCUGGGGAAACUGCUUUGGCUGGUGCCAGAGUAUCACUGCCCCAGUCUUGCUGGGGAGGGACGCCGAGCCCUGGGUGCAUCGCGGGGGCCUCUUUGGAGAGCUGCAGGCACUGCUGCCUGUGGGGAACAGCUAUGACCUCUUCUACCACCCACCACCUCUCUUCCCAUCCAGCCAAAUGUACCUCCUGCGUCCGCUGCUGCCCUUGGACAAGGGACAGCUUUACCGCAUGUGCCGGGAGAGUUUGGACUGUGAUCCCAAAGUGGCAGAGAUCCUCAUGGCCCACCCGGAUCUCCUCGGUGACAGGUUGUUGGGCCCCUUCCUCAGCCUGAGCCCCGAGUACACCUUUGUGCUGGAGGACGAGGGUGGUCCGUGUGGCUACGCAGCUGGAGCACUCCAUGCUGAAGGCUUCCUGCAACAGCGAGACAGCAGCUGGCUGCCAGCCAUACGGGACAAGUACCCCCCAGACCUGGGCACGGGUGGCCCAGCUCUGGGGCAGGAUGCCCUGGAGGAAGCAGUGCUCUUCUUCCAUGCAGAGCCACUGGCUGUGCCCCUGCCUGUGCUGCGGCGCUUCCCCUCCCUGGUGCAGCUGGGCACGGCCCCCGGUGUGCUGGACAUAGGGGCCAGCCGCAGCCUGGCCCUCUGCCUGCUGAGUGCGCUCAGAGCCAAUGGGUCGCGAGGAGUGUUCUGCCAGGUCAGUGAUGCUGAUCGACAGCAGCUGAGCUUCUACAGCAAGCUGGGCUUCGUUGCCCUGCCGGUGGCCUGGGGCAGCUCUCCUGGCACUAAGCUCCUGGGACGUCUCCUCUGACGGGGGCACGGAGAGGCAGUGCCCUGGGACAGAUGGAUCCCCCAGGACAGGCUGACCCCCUGUCCCACACGGCAUUGGCCUGAGGGAGCAGGAGCAGAGGGGCACUUCGAGCAGGUCAGGUACAUGAGAGAAGAGACAUGGCAUGGGGGUGAGCAGGAUGUCACUGGGAUGUGUGCAGGGCUGUGAGGGUCCUUCAGCAGCAGAGAGCUAUUUCUGCCAUCUCAGGAGAUUUGGGCACCAGGGCCCCUUUGUGCUCCCCUGACUGUUCCUGCUUGCUGGGCACCCUCCACCUUUGCUGGGCAGCCAGGCUGUCUGCAGCCCCCAGGCCUGCUGGAGCCCACAGGCAGUAUUUGGGGUGGUGGUCCUGGAGCACAGCACGGUGCUGUGUACUAUGGGAGUGUGCCUGUCACACAGGCUGGGCUGCACGGCUCUCUCCAUCCCCCAGGUGGACUGAGGGUGGGCAACUGGUGCUGGUGCUGGCUCUUGGCCCCAAGGACCUGCUUGUCUGUAUGGACCAAUCUGGUGUGGGACACGGUGAGACACCCUCCAUCUUUGUGCCUGGGGCCUGAGGGGAGCACUGUCCUUGGCAAUAAAGUGUUUGCUGGGCUCGUC